UUUUAAAAAUCAAUUUGAUUGGCCACAGAAAGCGUAUUUUGGCAUCCCUGGGAGACCGGCUACACGAGGAUCCUCCCCAGAAACCCCCUCGAUCCAUCACCCUCAGGGAACCCAGUGGUAAUCACAGCCCUCCUCAGUUGUCUCCAUCACUUAGCCAAAGUACUUACACCACUGGGGGCUCCCUAGACGUUCCACACAUUAUCAUGCAGGGUGAUGCAAGGAGAAGAAGAAAUGAAAACUACUUUGAUGAUAUUCCCCGAUCGAAACUGGAGAGACAGAUGGCCCAGCAGUCGUCUGUCUGUGAAAUAUGGACGAACCAGAAUGCAGGAUUUCCAUUCUCAGCGAUCCAUCAGGUUCAUAAUACAGGAGACUGGGGAGAGCCCUCCAUUACUUUGAGACCGCCUAAUGAAGCCACAGCAUCAACACCUGUCCAGUACUGGCAGCAUCACCCAGAGAAACUCAUCUUCCAGUCAUGUGACUAUAAGGCUUUUUAUUUAGGUUCUAUGCUGAUUAAAGAGCUCCGAGGGACAGAAUCAACACAAGAUGCAUGUGCCAAAAUGAGGGCUAACUGUCAGAAAUCUACAGAGCAGAUGAAGAAAGUCCCUACGAUUAUCCUUUCGGUCUCUUAUAAAGGAGUCAAAUUUAUCGAUGCCACAAAUAAGAACAUCAUUGCUGAGCACGAAAUCCGGAACAUCUCCUGUGCUGCUCAGGAUCCCGAGGAUCUCUCCACAUUUGCGUAUAUCACAAAAGACUUGAAAUCAAAUCACCAUUACUGCCACGUGUUCACAGCCUUUGACGUGAAUCUAGCCUACGAAAUCAUACUAACACUAGGACAGGCGUUUGAAGUGGCCUACCAGCUCGCGCUCCAAGCAAGAAAAGGUGGGCAUUCCUCAACGCUCCCAGAAAGCUUCGAAAACAAACCCGCCAAGCCCAUUCCCAAGCCGCGAGUUAGUAUUCGCAAGUCAGUGCAGAUAGACCCUUCGGAACAAAAGACUCUCGCCAACCUACCCUGGAUUGUAGAACCGGGACAGGAAGCGAAAAGGGGAAUAAAUACCAAGUAUGAAACUACAAUUUUCUGAUACUAAACCGCCCUCACGUCCUUGUUGUGCCUUGCACUCCAAGCAGUCACAGCCCAGCCUUCCUUUGUGGCGACCUUUCCACCCCGCCAACGGGGAAGCCUGCGCUGCCCGAGUGGCCUCAUCACUCACAAAAGGCCCUGCGCACCAGCUAUUUCUGGCAAUGUUCUUCCUGAACCAAUGACCGAAGAAUGCAUCCAAGACUUUCCCAUUGCAAUCCGUAAGAGGAGGGAGUUGACAGCCCCCCCCAUUUCCCAUCCUACUACGCCAGGCCUCCCCAGUCCUCACACACACACACACACACACACACACACACACACACACACACAAGGCAUUUCUAGUGACUCUUGCCACCAUGCUAUCUUUGGUUGGUUAUUUGGAGAUUGUACUUUUUAUUCUUCUUCUUAUCAUUUAAAAAGGGUCUCUAAUGCUGCCGAAGAAUACAAAAGCGUGAGCUUCUUUUUCAUCGUUGGCAGUUUUAAAGUAACAUCAGAAAAGACCUUGCACCACAUAGUAUUUGUAAACACACUGAAUUGCUACCUAUCAUUUACUGUAGGCAGACAAAAAAAAAAAGAUCCCAAUAAUUGCCAAGAAAUUCUAUUUCCUAAUUUCUAUACUUGUGGGUUUUCUACGUCAUCAAUUGUGUCAUGAUAGCCUAUAAAGAUAGCCUUUAAUCCUACGACAGAGUUAAAAUUUAAGAAAGGUUUAAAAAAAAGAGGAAUUUAUGCAAAGAUGUGUCUCUUGUAUUAAAUAUUUUUAUUAAAAGAAUGUCUCAUCGAUGCAACAAUAAGGAACAGAUGUUAAAUGUUACAGGAUAUUUCUGCUUUAUUUUGCAUAAUGAAAUCUCUGCAGCUCCCACUUAAAAAAAAAAAAACUGGAGCAGCCAUGGCCACGGGGGCAUAAAUUGCUCUGUGUAGGCAGAGAAAUCAGAAGCAGGCAAGUCAUUGCACUAUGAAGAGAUAGCAUUGAAAUGGAGGAUGUUGCCGAUAGCCAUGAACCCUGCAAAUGUUUUUUUAAAUCUUUAUGGCGUGUAUUUAAAAAAAAAAACACAUUUGGGACCUAGGGACCUUGCUAUCGAGAUUUCUGUGGUGGAAACCGUGUUUGAGAAAAGUGUUGAUAAAAUUCUAUUGCAAAAAUCUUUUUUCUAAAAAAAAAAAAGCAACAAAAUGAAACACAUGCAAAAAAACUAAAAAGAAGAAAUUCCAAAGUAAUAAAACUCUUUUCUUGAAAUGAACCACAAAAAAAAAGAAUUGACCAUUUGCUUACUAUUUGAUGAAAUAAAAUUUACUUACAUUUCUUUAAGGUAUUUUAAUUUUUUUAAUGUCUCUGUGGAGUAUUUGUAUGAUACCAUAAUGUAUAUUUAUGUAGAACUGAAUUAUUAAAAAAAAUACAGUACAAUAUCAUUAUAGACAAAACUGGCAUUUUACUGUAUAUUGUUCUAACCAGUCAAAUUGUGAAUCACUUUGAAGUUCAUAGCGAUAUUGAUAAAUUGUGUGGUUGUCUUAAUGUUUUUUAAUUAAUUAACAUUAUUUUAAAUCUGAGCUUCUCAGUUAUGUUCAUCGCUUGGUGAAUGCCAGCGAUGAAUAACUGAACUUCAUUUUGAACUGGUCAAUGAGUAUGAUUUCGUUAAAUCUGAUUAUAGCUCAGAGUGAUACCAACUUUUAAUACCGUUAUUAAAUUACUUGAACAGAAGAGUUCCUUGUACAUAUCUCGCCUAUUCACUGUUGAUAUGUAUGUAGUCACUUGACAGUAAAAAUAACACUAAAAAAAUAUGGUAUCCAAAGGAAAUUGUAUAGGAGCUAAGCAAAUAAUAGCCUCAUUGCAACAGAAUCAUAUGUGUAAAUAUGCUUGGGCUUCCAGUUAUAAAUUUUGUAAUUUUGUCAUUAUUUAUAUCCUAUAAAAGCACACAUAAUAAUAAAAUGGAAGUUGUACAGUCA